CUUGUUUGCAGUGUUUGGGCUGUUUGGCAGAUUUUCGGAGGAACUUUGCUCCCUCACCGCCCGGGACUUUUUUUCCAUCGCCGAAAAAGUAAAAGUUCAAGAUAGACAGAGCUUUACAGAGAAGAGAUUUGUUUCUUUUAGUUGGCAUUUAAUCACGCAUAAAAUCUCUGUCGACCGAUAACGAGUUUUCCGCUCCGCAAGACGAUUAAUUCAGUCAACAUACUUCUAUACGAAUAAACCGGUCGCACCGAUAAACCAAAAUGCCGCGUCGCGCGGCCUCUCCGGCAGCGUCGGAGAACGAGUUCGACAUUACCAGUGCCCUCUUCCAGCACGAUGGCGACUCCGACAACGAGCAGACCGUGACAGCGCCGAAGAAGCAACAGAAGAAAGUACCGGCUCAGAACCUCGAUUUCCUGGGAGCAGAGAUUAACGGCGACGAUGACGAAGAUGAUGAGGCGUUCAUCGCCGCGCAGCAGACAUCGGCGAACCGCAAGGGCGCGAACCUUAAGGGCCGUACCGUGAAGAAAGGUGGUGGUUUCCAGGCGAUGGGUUUGAAUGCGAAUCUGUUGAAGGCUAUCACCCGGAAGGGUUUCUCGGUUCCGACUCCGAUUCAGCGCAAGACGAUCCCCACGAUUAUGGACGAUCAGGAUGUGGUCGGUAUGGCUCGGACGGGUUCAGGAAAAACGGCCGCCUUCGUUAUUCCCAUGAUUCAGAAACUCAGGAGUCACAGCACCCAGGUCGGAGCAAGAGGGUUGAUUAUGUCUCCGUCGCGUGAAUUGGCGCUGCAGACGUUGAAGGUUGUCAAGGAGCUGGGGCGCGGGACGGACCUGAAGUGUGUUUUGCUGGUUGGUGGUGACAGCUUGGAGGACCAAUUCUCUAUGAUGGCUAGCAACCCUGACAUUGUCAUCGCCACACCCGGUCGUUUCCUGCAUUUAAAGGUGGAAAUGGAGCUCGACUUGUCGAGUAUCAAGUAUGUGGUGUUUGAUGAAGCCGAUCGUCUUUUCGAAAUGGGUUUCGCUGCUCAGUUGACGGAGAUUCUGCACGGUCUCCCUUUCACUCGCCAGACGUUGCUGUUCUCUGCUACACUGCCCAAGUCGUUGGUUGAGUUUGCUCGUGCUGGUUUGCAGGAACCUACGCUUAUCCGUUUGGAUACUGAGAGUAAGGUAUCUCCGGAUCUGCAGAGUGCAUUCUUCUCUAUCAAGAGCGCAGACAAAGAGGGUGCUCUGCUUCACGUUCUACACGAAGUCAUCAAAAUGCCAACUGGGCCGACGGGUGUUGCGCAAGCACUGGCCGAAGACGAAGACGAAUCUCACCACAGCAAGAAGCGCAAGCGUCCGCGGUUCAACAAUGCUGUUAACAAGGAGUCGCCCACACAGCACUCGACCAUCGUCUUCGCAGCGACCAAGCACCACGUCGACUAUCUGGCGAGUCUACUAAAAGAAGCCGGUUUCGCAGUGUCCUACGCAUACGGUGCUCUGGAUCAAACAGCACGGAAGAUCCAAGUCCAGAAUUUCCGGGCAGGUGCUUCGAACAUCCUGGUUGUCACCGACGUCGCCGCUCGUGGUAUUGAUAUUCCCAUUCUAGCCAAUGUCAUCAACUACGACUUCCCCUCUCAGCCUAAGAUCUUCGUCCAUCGUGUCGGUCGUACGGCUCGUGCGGGUAAGAAGGGUUGGAGUUACAGCUUGGUCCGUGAUUCGGACGCCCCCUACCUUCUUGACCUGCAGCUCUUCCUGGGACGGAAACUGGUUCUUGGUCGGGAGAAUGCCGGGAAAGCCAACUUUGCAGAGGACGUGGUUGUCGGCGCGCUUCCCCGUGACGGUCUUUCGCGGAGCUGCGAGUGGGUGAACAAAGUCUUGGACGAGGAUGACGAUAUCGUUGCCCAGCGCGGAGUUGCCGCCAAGGGUGAGAAGCUCUACAUCCGUACAAGGAACUCUGCCUCGCUGGAGAGUGCAAAACGUGCGAAGGAAGUGGUUACUACUGACGCCUGGAGUUCCAUUCAUGCCCUCUUCAACGACGAAAGCAGUAACCUCGAAGCGGUGCGUGAACAAAUGCUCGCACGGAUUGGAGGCUACCGUCCACAGGAAACUAUCUUCGAAGCGAACAACCGACGAAACGGCAAGACUGCUGAGAGCGAUGAGACAAUCGACACGAUCAAGCGUAUUCGCACUUCCCGGGAUAACAAGAAGCGCCGCGCAGAGAAAGCAGCCGGAGCAUCAGAAUUCGUCGACGGCUCUCUCAAAGAAGGCACCACAGCUGGCAAGACCGACGAAGACGCCUCCCCCGAGAACGAAGACGAAGACGAAGACGAAGCCGAUGGCGUCGCCGAUAACAUGUCCCUAGCCGACGACUCCGACCUCGAAGUCACCUUCUCCUCCUACUCCCAACAACCCAAUGACACCUCCAAACCCACCGCCGCCUCCUUCCAAAACCCCGACUACUUCAUGUCCUACACCCCCACCAACGCCAACCUCGCCGAAGACCGCGGCUACGGCGUGCACUCCGGCACAAACGUCAACUUCGCGCAAGCCUCCCGCAGCGCAAUGAUGGACAUCGGCGGCGACGAAGGUGCCAAGGGCAUUGGCGAACCACGCACCCAACUCCGCUGGGACAAGCGCCACAAGAAAUACGUCGCUCGCCAGAACGACGAAGACGGCUCCAAGGGCUCUCGUCUCGUCCGCGGGGAAUCCGGCGCCAAGAUCGCUGCCUCGUUCCGUAGUGGACGCUUCGAUGCCUGGAAAAGGGGUAAGCGACUCGGUCGUCUGCCGCGUGUUGGCGAGGCCGAGGCGCCCAAUCUCGCUGCUGGUGCGCAUAUGGGUGGACGUCGGUACAGACAUAACAAGGAGCAGGCGCCUAAGGCUGCGGAUCCGCUGCGUGGUGACUACGAGAAGAGGAAGAAGCGGUUUGACGCGGCUAAGGAGAGGACGUUGGCUAAGGCGGGCGGUGCGGCGUUCAAGGGGAAGAGUGAGAUUAAUAGUACGGAUGAUAUUCGCAAGACGAGGAAGCUUGAGCAGAGGAGGAAAGAGAAGAAUGCGAGGCCUUCGAAGAAGAGGUAGUUUGAUUGUUCUUGGUUGUAUAUACUUUGGGAUAUACCUGGUGUUUGUGGAUAGAUUUAAAAAGUGUACAUUGUGCGACAUUGCUCCAGUUGAACUAAUAGUAGGCCUCAGUAUCACGGGAGCACUGCGACUCUACUGAGUAAAUCUUGAGCCUUAGCCAAGUAUGGAGAUACCGACUGAGUGAGAAUAUGCAUCGAAUAGUCUGAAUACUUCCACUUGAACUCAU